AUGGACUCUCCUUCUGCUUCUGCUAACAACGAUAGCAUCAAACCAUCUUACUUUGAUAUCGCCAAACCCAUCAGCAUCCCCAACAAUACCCUCGGUCGUAUCAACACCGAUGUUUGCAGUAUGCUCGCCAAUGAAGAUAUGGACGAGAGUGCACUCCCAGAGUUCUUGCAGUCGUUCCAGGACGCAGGUAUCAGCGACGCCAGACUCCGGCAGUUCACAUGGCUACAUCCAAAGAACUAUAGCAGUGAUGGGUCCCUGAGUGAUGAUUACAUCCUCUCUCCCUAUGGAACCAGUGUCUCGUCCCCCCGAGGCGAUGAAUGGGAGAUCAUCGACAGUGGUCCAAGAAAGAGCAUUGAUGAGUUAUGGGACGAGGUUUUCGAAUACAAGGAACGGAUCAAGAUACUCGAACGAGCACACCAACAAGAACAAGAGAACACUUCACUACAGGCACAGCUUGACGCCUGCAACGAUUACGUCGUCAGGGACGACGACAACGACGAAAGUCAAACUCCGACGUCUGCUUCUUCUACUCCUACCACUGCUGGCAUUGGUGGCAUGGGUGCGAUGACACAGGUCGAUAAGACUGUUGUGUAUGCGUCUCGAAAAGGGGUUCGGACCGGGCAUGGAGGUGCAGCCCGCAGUUUAUUGCAGCUUGCCCUUGGCGUUGUCGUUAUCCUCAACGGCCGCUAUGCCGGCAAGAAGGCCGUCGUCAUCUGCCAUGCUCCAAACACCGGAUCCAAGGAGCGCGGUUACGGUCACGCCAUCGUUGCCGGUGUCGAGCGUUACCCCCUCAAGAUCACCAAGAACAUGGGCAAGAAGCGCAUCGCCAAGCGCUCCAAGGUCAAGCCUUUCAUCAAGGUUAUCAACUACAACCACAUGAUGCCCACUCGCUAUGGUUUGGAGUUGGAGAACUUGAAGUCCGUCCUCACCGUCGACUCUUUCAAGGAGCCCACCCAGCGCGAGGAAGCCAAGAAGGCCAUCAAGAAGCUCUUCGAGGAGAGAUACAACAGCGGCAAGAACAAGUGGUUCUUCUCCAAGCUCCGUUUCUAA